UCAAUGUUUGGACUUUUCAUCAUUGAUCGCGACUCGCGAGCACUCGCGAGCAGUAGCCAGUAGCGCAAGUGUUUAUUACAAAAGUAAUCAAGAGAAAUAGAAUUUGAAUCAGGUGUAGAUUUAAAAUGAUAGAUUUACGCGAUGAUAGUGCGAAAAAUGUAACGAGUAGUUCGAAAUAUGGUAAUCUAAAUAUACCACUUACAUCUCAACAAGGAUUACAACCACUCAGUCCUUAUUUAAACUUUGACCCCGCAUACCUCCCACCGAGUCAACCAGAAUACAUAUUUCCGGAGGGUGCUACGAAACAGAGAGGUCGGUUCGAAUUAGCUUUUAGUCAGAUUGGUGCAGCAUGCAUAGCAGGAGCUGGUAUUGGCGGUGCGACAGGCUUUUACAGGGGCAUCAAAGCAACAUCGUUAGCAGGUCAAACUGGCAAGCUUAGGAGAACUCAACUAAUUAACCAUGUCAUGAAAAGUGGCUCGUCGUUAGCAAACACAUUUGGAAUAGUAUCCGUGAUGUACAGUGGUUUCGGUGUACUUUUGUCUUGGGCAAGAGGUACAGAUGACUCUUUAAAUACCUUAGCAGCAGCAACAGCAACAGGAAUGCUGUUUAAAUCCACAACUGGCUUGAGGAAAUGCGCAUUAGGCGGUUGCAUCGGACUAGGAGUCGCAUCUCUAUAUUGUAUAUGGAGUAAUCGAGAAUUUCUAACGGAGUUUAGGAAUCGCAGCAGCAAUCCAGCGUAAGAUUGUGCGUUUCGACUUUUACUGUACGCCAUGCGAAAGCAUGCGCGAAAAAUAAACUGUUUUAGAUCGGAACAUGUUUUCUUGAAUGCUCACGCACUUUUUCAUUUUGUUUUUUUUUCCAGAUCGAAGCGAGAUCACAACGGAUAACAAACCACUAGACAUUCGCAACGAAUUCUACUUGUAUUAUACAUAGGAGACCUCCUUGGACGAUACUAUAGAAUAAACAAUUUAUCGAAAUAUGCAUAGCUAGUUUGUAAUAUAAAUAAAGAAAAUUUUGCGCAACAA